CGAGCCGGAUUCGGCCCACGGGCCGUAGUUUGGGAACCCCCGUGCUACAGAGUGGAGCCUAUUGGGUUGCCUUGAAGCACUUUACUAGAAAGUUCUCUUCACGAAGGACGUCUGCCUGACUGGACCAAAAAGCUCUUAGUAUGACCGACUCCACGUCACCUCCUGGGCUGACGUACAGCACUGAAGACUCGCUGGAGCUCAAUGACUUUUUGGAGAGAAUGAUAGAAGACAUGGAAAGCAUAUCAGUGCAGCUGACAUGGAUGGCGUAUGACAUGGCGGCGCUGCGGACCUACCCCGCACUGUGGAGCUCCUUGCUGCAACUGGAGGAGGCUCGCCUCCUAUGUUCGGUCGCUGUGAGAGGUGACCCGCAGCUGGAGCCACACACUUCCACGUGAUUUUUUUUUUUCAUUCCAUAAUCGCAGCUACACAUUGUUAUAUUUUUCCAGGGAUACAUUUUGGAAGUGUACAUUAUGAGGUAGUUCUAUACUCAUGCAUUUAUGUAGACUGUGAGCCUGUAAGUGUAAUAGUUAAAUUCGGCUAAA